AUGUUAAAAGAUUCGACGACGUUCGAACAAUCUGUAAAUUAUACGUCACCGUCGUGGCAAUGUUUACAACCUAAAAACGAUGACGAAAACAUAAUCGAAAUAGGUGAAAACAUAUUUUAUUGCGCGAAAAAAAAUUUAUACAUACAUUUAAUGAACAACGUGGAUACCGAAUGCGUCGACGUGGGUGACGGCGUGACUUUUAUAAAAGAAAAACAAGAUGACGAACUAUCAAAUCGUGAAAUUUAUCCAAUGGAAGAACCGACGAAUUUUCGCGGUCUCAUGGAUGCUUAUUCGGAUUUUUUAUCGAGAAGGAGCGCACGUUGGAAUUUAGGAUUUAUUUAUCCAGGUUUAGUUAUGAGAAUCGGACCGACAUUAACGGGAUCUGGAAUUUUGGAAUUCGGACUGGAAAAAAGACUCGAUUAUAACGACAGAGCAAAUUUAGCACCGAGUCAAAUGUUAAUAAGACGUGUGAUACUGCCACGUCUAUUAGGUUUUAGAAUGAAUUUAUCGAGUCUUCUUCCACUUAUUAUCGGUUUUAUACUGAUCGUAACUAAAAAUGCAUUUGUCUUCAGCAAAGUUACCUUGGGUUUAUCAAUUUUAUUAACACUCAAAACGUUAUUUUUGCUACAGUUUUUUAAAUAUUCAGAAAAUAAUUUUCAAACGCAAAAUAUUAAUCGUCCGACAACCGUACAACACGAUCCGGUUGAUUUCGAUGAUUCCAUAUCCAUAACGUCGUCGAACCAUCAUCACAUUCGUCCUCAGGGAUAUUCUUUUACUGAUUCAUUAUCGGAUGCUUUUCUUAGUCACGUGGUUAAAAAAAUCCCAACACCACCAUCUUACACGUUAGAAUCGUCGGAAAAAUUUAUACCUAAGAGAACAAGAACAUCCGGUAAAAGAAAUUUUUCGUGGGGGAAAAAAAGAUGA